AUGAUCACUAAAGAAGAUGUCAUCUUGAUUAUUAUGGCUGGGGAAUCUAUGAUAGGCAUGUUGGCGAAUGGGUACAUUGGACUAAUGUCCUGGAUCGACUCUAUUCAGAAGAAUAAAACCCCCUCACUUAACUGCAUCCUCACAAGUCUGGCUAUUUCCAGAAUAUGUUUGCUCAUCAGAAUAAUAGUAAGUGACAUUAUAAAGAUAGUCUAUCCAGAUUUUAAUAAAGAUGUUAAACUAUUGAUAGUACUCAGUGCUUUCUGGAUACUCUUCAACUACUCAAGUUUGUGGUUUGCCACCUGCCUCAAUGUCUUCUAUUUACUGAAGAUAGCGAAUUUCUCCAGUCCACUUUUUCUCUGGCUAAAAUGGAGGAUUGACAGGGUCUUGCUGGUGGGCUUGACCAUUUGCUCCUUGAGCAGCCUUCUGACAGCAAUACCGAUUUAUUAUAAAGGCAGUUACAGAUUUUCAGAACAUCAAAGAAACAUCACUGAAAUGUUCCAUGUGAGUGAAAUUAAAUAUUUCAACCCAUCAACUCUCCCUAACCUUUUGGCACUUGUCCCAGUUACUGUGUCAUUGAUUUCAUUUUUCCUGUUAAUUUUGUCUCUGUGGAGACAUACCAAGCACAUGAAACUCAAUUUUACAGGCUGGAGAGACCCCAGCACAGAAGCCCAUAUUACAGCCAUGAAAAAUGUGACUUCUUUUCUCCUCCUCCUUUUUGUAUAUUAUGGGGCUUGUCUUUUAGUAACUUAUUGCCACCUAAUAGAAGAAGAAAGAUUAGCUUGUAUGCUUGGAAAGAUUUUAAUGAUUCUCUACCCCUCUGGCCACUCCCUUAUUUUAAUUAUUGGAAAUAGCAAGCUGAAACAAGGAUUUGUCAGGAUAUUAAGGUACAAGGGGGGAAAAUAA